AGAAGAAAUGAUGUCAGCCGUGGAGCAUCGUUGCUCUUUCGUUCGUGAACUAAUUCGUACAAUAAAUGUCCCAAAGUGUUAUUGUUUGUAUUACGUGUAGGUUAGUUCGCUACUUAAAAUCGUUUUCUAACAGCCACUGGUGUUUACUGUCCAAAGUGUGCGCCGCGAGUGUCUGAAAAAUGUCGAAACACGAUCGAGUGAAAUCGGGUGGCUUUCUGGAUACGUUGCUUGGCCGACCACACAAGAAGCUUGGUCGGCACGGAGGUGGGAGUGGCGUGUACGGGAAUGGGCCGAACAGUGCUGGUGGCGGGAACGUCGGCAGUUAUGGGGGCAGUUACGGCAGCCUCAACGGGGGCCGUCCACUGUCCGGUCCGGAAGCGGACCUUGUGUCCCUGAUCGAACCGAACGAAACGCACCGAUUAAGCGAGGCGGAAGUCAACCGUCUGUUUCUCGAAAUACUCGAGGACAUGAACAUACCGAAGGACAAGCGCGAUCCACUGUUGGGCAAACCGCUGGAGGAGAAGCGCAAGAUGAUCGACAUGCAUGUGAAAGGUAAAAUAUCAUCCGAGCGGGCAAACUCACGCUUCGAGAAACCCUCAGACUAUGUGCAGUACCUACACGAAGGUGACUACUCGAACCGAUCAAGCAAGCUGCUGGCAUGCCUGGAAAGUCUCCGGGUCGCCCUGACCAGCAAUCCCAUCAGCUGGAUCAAGGACUUUGGCGAAGAUGGCAUCAACGAAAUCGUCACACUCUGCCGAUACUGCGCCUCGGGUCCGCGCCGUAUGCCCAAGAUCGAGUACGAAUGUUUACGCUGCUUGAAAGCGAUCCUUAACAAUUCCUGGGGCUUAAACGUUAUUCUAACACCGGAUCAGCACCCGGUUGUGCUGCUACUAGCACAGUGCAUAGAUUCCAGCUACCCACAAACAAGAUGUGAAGCGAUAAAGCUACUGUCCGCGCUUACCCUGCUAAAAGAUCGCAACGGGUACGAGAAGGUGCUGCGAGCGAUCACCAACGUCAGCUCGAUGCGAAAACCCGGCUCCGAACGGUUCCGUCCGAUCGUGGAAGGCCUCUUUCUGGAUAAUGAUCGUAACUACGAGCUUACCUGCAGCACGAUGAUCUUCAUCAACUGUAUCAUCAACUCACCGACCGAAUGUAACUUCCGGUUGCAUCUGCGCUGUGAAAUGAUGCGCGCCGGGCUGUACGAACGGAUCGACCAGCUGUCGGAGAUGGUGGAGAAAAGUGGGAACGAGAAUUUGGUGAACCAUUUCAAAAUUUUCAACUGCUAUCGGGAGGAUGAUUUCGAGGAGUUUAGCAACCGGUUCGACAAUGUUCGGCUCGAGCUGGACGACAUGAACGAUUGUUUCGAUCUGCUAAAGAACCUGGUCGCGGACACAAGCAGCGAACCGUACUUCCUGUCGAUACUGCAGCACCUUCUCUUCAUCCGUGACGACCAUCAGUACCGGCCGGCAUACUUUAAGCUGAUCGAAGAGUGCGUAUCCCAGAUAGUGCUGCACAAGAGUGGGUACGAUCCGAACUUUGAUUGUCGCGAUUUUCACAUCGACACCAGCACACUGUUGGACGAUAUGGCGGAAAAAACGAAGCAGAUGGAAAGCAAAAAGUCGGAAGAUUUUGAAAAACGCAUGACCGAACUACAAACUGCGCGGCAGGAGGCGGAAGCUCGCGUAGCCGCACUUGAGGACCGGCUGAAGGAGAUCGAAGCGACGGGUGUGAUCGUUUCGCCGAAGGGUAAAAGCAAACUACCUCAAAUUAACAUUCCACCGCCACCGCCUGGACUGUUGCCGGGAGGAGGAGGGACGGCCGCACCACCACCACCUCCACCCUGCCCGGGUGCGGUACAGGUGAUGGGGAUCGGUGGUGGAUCAGCACCUCCACCACCGCCACCACCCUUCCCUGGGGCCGCGGGUGGUCCACCACCACCACCACCCAUGCCCGGUGUUGGUGGUGGUCCUCCUCCACCACCUCCUCCCAUGAUGAUGGGUGGAUUCCGGCCACCGGGUAUGCCACCACCCUUCCCCAAUGCCGCUCCGAAACCACUCCCGUACGGACUAAAGCCGAAGAAAAAGUGGGACACCGAUGGUCCGAUGAAGCGUGCUAACUGGAACGGACUCGAUGCUCAGAAGCUCUCGGAGAACUCGUUCUGGGUGCAGGUACAGGAAGAAAAGCUAGCGGAUAAUGACAUUUUCGCACGACUCGCCAUGAAAUUCUCCUCCAAACCAGCCAAACCGGUCGACAAGGAUGCAAACGAUCGACCACAAACGUCCAAGAAAAAUAUCGAUCUACGCGUGCUGGAUGGUAAAGCGGCCCAGAAUCUUUCCAUCCUGCUCGGUGGUUCGUUGAAGCAUCUAUCCUACGAACAGAUACGCACGUGCUUACUACGCUGCGACACGUCCGUACUCAGCCCGAGCGUACUCCAACAACUCAUCCAGUAUCUACCACCACCGGAUCAGCUGAAGCGUCUGCAGGAAAUACGAGCGCGGGGUGAAGAUUUGGCCGGUGCCGAACGGUUCGCCGCGACGAUCAGCGACAUCAAGCGACUCGGCGCACGGUUGCAGAGUCUCAGCUUUAAGAUCAAUCUACCGGACAUGGUGCAGGACGUGAAGCCGGAUAUAGUGGCAGGAACGGCCGCCUGUGAGGAGGUAAAGACGAGCAAAAAGUUUGCCAAGGUACUUGAGCUUAUCCUGCUGCUCGGUAACUACAUGAACUCGGGCUCCAAGAAAGACCCCGCGUACGGGUUCGAGAUGAGCUUCCUGCCGAAGCUGUCGAGCACGAAGGACUACGAGAACAAGCAAACGCUCCUGCACUAUCUGGCCGAGGUGAUCGAGAGUAAGUUCCCGGAGGCGCUUACCUUCUACGAAGACCUCUCGCACGUGGACAAAGCAUCCCGCGUCAGCCUGGACACGGUACAGAAAACGAUGCGUCAAAUGACCAGCUCACUGAAGAACCUCGAAUCCGAUCUGAACAACAACAAGGUGCCGCAAAGUGAGGACGAUCGAUUCCUGGAGGUGAUGGGCCAGUUUGCGAUCGAGUGUCGGACGCAGGUGGAAGUGUUGACGCGGAUGCUCGCCCAGAUGGAAUCGCUCUUUGCCAGCCUGUCCGAGUACUACUGUUUCGAUCCGGCCAAGUACACGAUGGAGGAGUUCUUUACCGACAUUAAAACGUUCAAGGAUGCGUUCGUGCAGGCGCACGCGGACAAUGUGCGGUUGCGCGAGGAGGAAGAGAAGAAACGUCGAGCGCAGGAGGCAAAGGAACGAUCGCAGCGUGAACUGCUCGAACGGCAGCAGCGCAAGGUGGAGCUGAUCAACAUUGAUGCAACGCAAACGCAGGAAGGUGUGAUGGAUAGUUUGCUCGAGGCGUUACAGACCGGUUCAGCGUUUGGGAAUCGGGAGCAAAGGCGACGGCGUGGACCACGGCCAGCAGGGGCGGAACGGCGCGCACAGCUUAAUCGGAGUCGUUCGCGGACGGGCAUCACGGCGAAUGCGUUCUCCAGUCGGGAGAUGCUGUCGGAAUUGCUCGGUCCGGCAUAA